AUGCCGCUUGGCGGCUGGGCGUGUGAUGCCCCUGCAGACCCUGAGCUGACGGGAGAGGCUUCGCGUGGCCGUCCCCGGGCGCUCGCCCAGCGCCGCAAAAACACGUGCAUGGUCGGCAAGGGAAAAAAUCAGGCUGACGCUGCAGCUGGCGAGCGACCGGCCCAGGCAGGUCCGGGCAAACGGCGCAGUGCCCGCGGCCAGGUGGGCGGCCCCACGGCUCCUCCUCGGCAGGGAGGCGCGGGAGAAGGGAACCCCGCGGAGGGAUGCCCCAGCUCAGCAUCCUCUGCCGAGGCCAGGUCCCCGGCCGGGGGCAGGACAGAGCUGGCCAGCGCUACAUGGAGCUGCCACGAGAGCUCGGGCGAGGAAGCAGCUCCAGGGUGCUCCGGCCCGACCAGGGGGCUGCCCCGGGGGAGACCCCGCGCCCCGAGCCCGGGCAGGGGGACGCCGAGCCCGUCUCGCCUCUCCCUGGCGCGGAGGGAGCGGUCUGCGUUUGGGGGGGAGAGGUGCGUUCCAGCCUGA